GUUAUUCCAUUAUUCUGUUAAUUUUUUUAGGUCGAAUGUCGAAGACAGAAAGCAAUUCUGUGUAUCUCUGUGCCUGUCCGCAAGCGUCAUCUUUGUAAAUCGUGAAAUAUUGAAUUAAAAGUCUCGUUUAUUAGUGCCCAUUGCUAAAAAUAGAAUCCAGGCUUCAUCUCAUCAGUUGUUGGUAAACAGCAGUAGGAAUGGAGGCAAAAGAAGAAUGUGUAGAAAGUACUACAGCUCCUGAUGAUGGAACUCCUAUCGUUAAAGAACAAUCUUUUUCUGAAAGUCCAGACAAAGGUGUUGAUAAUUCUUUCAGAAAAGGACAAAGAUCGAGUGGAAGAAAUGAGAACAGAAAUUCUGCCGGCAAUAGGCGAAGUUUUGGGGGUGCUAAUGAAAGCUUCGAACAAGGAAAUAAGAGAGGUAAUCGUGAUUUUGACCGAGAUCCAGGACAUUCUGGGGGCCGAGGUAGAGAUUUUGGAAACCGUCAAGAAGCUGGUGGAUGGAGCUCAUCAGAUUACUAUCGAGAGAAGUUAUAUGAAAUAUCAGGACCAACUCAUGAAUUGCCUCCUCUGGACAUGACUGAGAAAAAGUUCAAUGGCAGAAACAAAUUAUAUGUUGGUAACCUUCCUACAGAUAUAACAGAGGAAGACUUCAAGAAUAUGUUUACUCCAUAUGGGGAGAUAUGUGAUGUUUUCUUAAAUGCUGAAAAGCGUUUUGGAUUUGUGGUAUUUGAUUAUCAUAGGAAUGCUGAAAAAGCCAAACAAGAACUUGAUGGAAAAUAUCUCAAUAAUGACCGUCAGAUAAAAAUAAGGUUUUCUUCAAGGGGUGCAACAAUUAAAGUGUCUAAUCUAGCACCCACAGUAACUAAUGAGUUACUGCAUCAUGCAUUCAGUGUGUUUGGAGAAAUUGAGAGGGCAAUCGUUCAUAAAGAUGAAAGAGGUCAUUCAACUGGAGUUGGUGAAAUUGAUUUUACCAGAAAGAAAAGUGCAGCGUGCGCUGUUAAGGAAUGUACUGAAGGCUGUUUCUUUUUAACAGGCUCUCUUAGACCAUGUAUAGCUGAAUUUUAUGAGCCAAACCUUGAUACUGAUGGCUAUAAUGAAAAAUGUAUCCCAUGGAGAAACAAUGAGUUCUUGAAAGACCGUGAGGUGGGGCCUUGGCUGGCAAAACCAAACUCUUUUGAGUAUCAAUUUGCCACAGAUUGGAAACAACUGAGACUCCUAUUUCAUAAAAAAGAAGAAGCUCUAAAAAAAGAGCUGCUGAUUGAGGAAGAGAAGAUGAUGGCAAGGAUGGACUUCGUUAAGUUUGAAUAUGAAACUGAGAUGCUAAAGAAACAACUUGAAGAAAGGGAAUUGUACAGACAGCAACACAAACUGAACCUGGAAAAAAAAGAGAAAAUAGCUGAUGAGCUAUUAUCUAGGAAUGUUCUGGAAAUAAGAAAGACUGAAGAACAAAUAAUGGCGAAAUUUGCAAGACAUGAAGAGGAUAUGAUUUUGAGGCAAAAAGAAGGAAAUUUAUUCAAUCAAGAGGAAAGAGCACCUGUCAAUUUCUAUGAAGCUCCUAAUAAUUCAAGAUGGGGAGAGGAACGCGAAAGCUACUGGCAACAAGAAGGUGCGCCAGCUGCAGCUGAUGAUGCAGGUUCCCAAGGAUCGAGGGGUAGAAACACUUUCCUGGAAGAGCCUGGACAGGUGUGGAAACGAUUGGACAAGGACAAUGUAGCCGGAGAGGAAUUGUUUCAAAGGAGAGAAAAUGAUAUGUCCGCAGAAGAAUAUCAGCAAGGAUGGAAGAGAACCUGGCCCGAAAAUUAUCGCUAUUCGAAAAGAAAUCGCUACUAAUUAUGUGUUGUCUAAGUCGGUAAUGAUUAGCAAACUUGAAAUGUUUGUGGUUUGUGUCGUAAUCUAGUUGUUAAUUUCUCCGUCUGUUAAUCAUAACGUCGAGAAUUUAUUUAAUGUCUGAAGAUCUCCUAUCUGUAAAGUUAAGGAGUAUGGUAGUCUAUGCUACCUAUUCAUUAGAUUAAUAUUAUCAGAAUUAUUCAAUUCAUAUUUAUGUGCUGACAUUUUGAGUUUUGAUUGAAAUUUAUGUGCUGACAUUUCAUAUAAGAAAUAAAGUAUAGUUGAACAGC